AAACUCGAAGCUUUUCGCCACAUACUGUAUGGCUGUAAAUUUGGGGACAGGGAAAAAAAACUUGCAUCUCAACUUAUUGGAAGGUUUUUCAAACAUUUUAAAAGUGAACAAGAGAAAAGUUUUAAUUGUCUUUUGGAUCUUUGUGAUGACAAUGAUCCUGCCAUUCGUAAACAGGCUGUUCACGACCUCCAACAAAUUUGUAAAUCUGCACCUGUCUACGUUCCACAAGUGUCCGAUAUUUUGAGCCAAAUGCUUGCUACCGACGAUUCUUCGGAGGCGCAUGUAAUUAGUUUGGUGCUUUUCAGUUUGCUUGAAACUGACCCAAAGAAUACCUUGGUUGGCAUCUUCAACCAAAUAAUUUCGGGUAAUUCCAAAUUAACAAAGGAAAAUUUAAUUAAAUUCGUAUCUCAAAACUAUAAACUGCUUCCUGAAAGCAGAGUAAACACUGAAUUAGAGGAAUUCCUGGUUGAAUACGCAAUUAAAGUACUUCGAGACGUUCCGGAAAUCAAAUUAAUUCAAGUUAUUCCGAUUAUCUCUUCUUUGAAAUGUAUAUCUUCUCUACAAGAACGGCAAAAACUAGUAAAUGUGUUAACAGAUCAAGUUAUUCAAGCAGUGCCUGAUUUUAAUCCCUUGGAUGCAUCCUGCAUUGCUCACGUUAGAGAAGGUGGGAAUCAAGUGGCCCGCUUCUUAUCGAAAAAUGCUUCAGCGGGUUCAUUUCUGAAAUAUGUUCUCACAAAAGUUGUGCCGAAUAUUUCGCUUAUGAAGAACCCCCUUGAUCAAAGGAAUAUUCUGCAUCUCGUGGCGAAACUUUGUCUCCAUCCUGGCGAAUCCUUUAAGUCGAGUUCGCUGCAAGAUUCGCAGAAAAUGUUAUUGCCUUUAUAUAAUUACCUAAUGGAAGUAUUGCCCGAUGUACCUUCUGACCCAAACCAGUUCUUCCAUAGCAGUGGUGUUUCUACUCUCGGUGACAAAGUUUUGGCUGCUGCAUUUACGCUGGAAUGUCUUCUUUACGCCCUUUUGAAUCUAGUUCAGUUUCACCCCUUGUUUUUCGGAAUGGCCGAAUUAGCUGAAGAUGAUGAUUCGUUAAGGGAGGGAGUUUGCCGUUUGCAGUCCUUGCGUCACAAAGUUCAGUAUUUGGCACGCCUAAUUCAAUCACAUAAAUCCACCAUUAUUGCUAGGUGGCAACUGACUUUUAACAAAGAUUUGUAUCCCGACGUAACCUCUCUGGUGGUCAGAAGUGCCCUCGAGAACGUUGAGAUUAUGGCGCGAUGUCUUCUUCGUAACCGAAUAGACUCUGGGGUAUUGGGUAAAGUCACGCCUUCUUGGAUAAAUUCCAAACCGGAAUUAAAACGAUCAAUGCCGGUGUUGACGUCAGCUUCGCUUUCCACUACGGCUAAGCGAAACGUCAGGCAGCAAUUCCCUCAAGUCCCGGCAGGACGCUGGUCCAAGAGAUUUAGACGCGGUGGCGGUCGCCGUUUCUAG